AUGUUGAAGAUAAAGCGAACUCUUCUGGAAAUGUCAGAAAAUGAACUUGAGGUUGUAAUUAAAGUCAUUUCACCUGGUCGACUCCUUCAAAAGCAUUCAAAAUCAGAUCUUCAAGAAGAAGUAAUCCAUUGGGUUUUGGAGAAUGGUCUAAGAGUAACUCAUGAAUUCACUUUAAUUGAAAUGGGCGAUGACAAUUACGGUUUACUUACUGACAAAAACGAUUGCAGCUGUUGUCAACGAUCAAUGUCAUCCGGUAAAAGUCGACAUGCAGAAAUAGUAAAGGAGAGAUCAGAGAAUAGUUCGCCAGCUGAAAUGGUCGGAUCGAUUGUUGUAGAAGAGAUAAAUGAAAUCAAAUCUGAAACUAAUCCAUCAUUUUCCUCACAAUACGGUUCGAAAUCAGCAAUUAUUGGCAUGCAACCAUUGCCGACAAAUUUAUCUCCCAGUGGUACCAAAAUAAAGACUGAUGGAGACGUAAGAGUAAAUCAGAAGGAGAAUAAUAAGCAACAGAAAGGUGGAUUCUCGCAAUGUUGCGCUGAAUUAGGCGGUUGUUGCAUUUCACUGCUCAGUAACUGCUGA